UGCAAACGUCCCAUCAGUUAGCGCUGAGCAAGCGCUAUCAAAGUUUCGUCUCGCCCGCCUUCUGAAACGAGCUGAAAAAAGGCUAGAGGAUCUUCAGUGUAAACCGGUAUAUUGAGGGCAAGAUGCGGCGCACGAUAGCAAAUGUUUGGGUGGUUUGGGUGGUGGUUUGUGUCCAUCUAGAACUCGUCAAAGCGAAGCCCGUUUCGACAGGGGAAGAGGAAAACAGCAAUCAGACUGAUGAAUUUUCUAUCGGAGAGCCAUUAACAAAAGAAGAAUUCGCAAGCAAUAUCACCGUCAGAGAAGGAGAAAUUGAAUCACAAGAUUUUAUUCCGUGGGACAAACAAGAUCCCGGUCUUUUCGGUGGCGACAUGAAGUUAUCGGGAGGGAAAACCGGAAUUGUGAGCCUCAAAGAGCGUUGGCCGGAUGCGUUAAUUCCUUACACAAUCUCAGCCAGUUACACGCCCAGACAGCGGGAAAUCAUUGCUUCUGCCAUGAACGCACUCCAUCAAAACACCUGCAUCCGUUUCGUUCCACGGGCAUCCGAAAAAGAUUACGUCAGAAUCACCAAAACGGGAGGAGGUUGCUGGAGUGAAGUUGGCAUGAUCGGAUUGGGAAGACAGACAUUGAGUCUCGACGACAGGUGUAUCCUAGCUUCCAUUCCGGGACUCAUUGUCCACGAGCUGAUGCACACUCUUGGAUUUUACCACGAACAUCAGCGUCCAGAUCGCGACGAGUUUGUGUCGAUCAACUUGAAAAACGUCGAACCGAAAAAUAGAGGUUACUUUCAAAAGAUGAGCGAAUGGGAUUUUCUGACUUUGAAAUUUUCUUACGAUUACGGUUCAGUGACUCAUUAUCCAUCAAAUGCUUUCGCUAAAGAUUCUAAAAUACCAGUCAUCCUGAAGCUCAACAGCAAAAAUCCUUACAUAGCAAACAGAAAAGCAGUUAGCCCGGUGGACGUCGAGAAACUAAACGAUUGGUACUGCGGGUCCUCUGAUGAUUAUUUGUCUUAAAAACAAAACCAUCUGCUCUUUCCGCAAUUAAAUGUUAGCUCGUCUAUACUCUCCCGUCCGGCCUGCGAGCUGUGACGUUCCCGUUGACUGUGCAAUCCUCAUCUGACUAUUCUGUUCACUCCCAAAUAUUUUUUUAACGGUUAAAGUUUUUUUUUAAUGAUUAAAUUUGUUUUAAUGAUUAUUUGAACGAACCGCAAGUGAAAUUUUAUGCUAAUAAAUUCUACCGCAAAAAUUGUUGUCACAUUGAUACUAAAAAUUG